UAGCUAACAUAGCUGAAGCACUCCAUACGAAUGUAACUUCUACCAUUGAAGCGGGAACGAGAUGUCAUACUUAUAUAACUGAUUGUAAUGGUCAUGUUUUAGCGGACGAUGGAAUGAAAGAUUGCUCUACUAACUAUGCAUUUUGUAGAGCAUCGAGUCAUGAUUUACCAGACGGCACGACAUAUUGUACUCACAUGAUAGUUCAGGGUCACAUCGGGGGUAAUAACCGAUACAUCGAAGCCAGUGACACUGCAUGUUUCCAUCUUCAUGGCAACGUUUUUCAUUGGACUUUUGAUCAAAUAGAUUGUCAUGAUUAUUGUUAUCCUGACAUUGGUACUCACGUAAUUUCAGAAAUCACUUCAGGUACUGAUCCAGGUUCAAAAUCAUGUCAUGUUUAA